GCGUAUAACUGGUCGAAGUAUUGCAGGCGCACGACUCGCAAGCAACAGAGUGCUGUGUACAUCUCCGCCUACGUAUUAUUAUUUGUCUGUCUCAUAACCACGCUUUUUGUUGAUCGUGAUCAACCACGAGUUUUAAACAGUUUCGAAUAAUGAAUUCAUCAUUUGUAAAAGACGUAUUGUGGCUUGUUGACAAAACGACGUAAGAAGGCUUUAAUGCAAUACGAAGGCAAGCAUGAUUCUGGCAGGAUCAGACCAUUUUCUGGCGGUACCGGUAGAAGCAACAGCAUUUUUGGGUGCUGUUGCUGGUUUUGUGGUUCUUCUGUUGGCUCUUUUCCUGUACCUAUCACGCAAAUGGUGCUUUACUCCGCCGUCCACAACCACACUUUUCGGCGGCGUUUGCGUGCCUCUUUGCGAAUCUAAUAAUGGCUCGACUUCUCAAAUUACAAAGAACAUAGGAAAAGCAUUUUCCUAUUCGGAUCCAGAGACUAGUUCCGAUUCGGAAGAAGAUGUCCGUCGAUUGAAUUCUCAUUCUCAUCCACCGCCGGAUACUUUAACUAUCCAAGCAGAGGAUGGACCGACUAUCUUGGAUGCUGGCACCACUUCUAGCAGCUGCACAGAAGAACACUCGUCCAAUGAUCAACAACAAUGCGUGGUAGAAGUGGGAGCUUCCGGUCUUGACAGUAGAGAACAAGAAGUAGAAGUGGAGCAAAAUGGUUCAACUACUAACGAUGUUAUUACAACAAUGGGUACUAUCACCGAAGAAGUGGGUAGCUUGGAAGUCGCUUUUCUAUAUGAUGCACCGAUGCGCGAGAUGACAGUUCAUGUAUUGCAAGGCCGAAAUUAUCCUGAAGGUAUAGGCGGCAGUCAAGUUCGACUAGUAUUAUUACCAUCGAAGAAACAACGACGCAAAACUCGGGUGCGUCAAGGUACAUCUCCACAAUACAUGGAGAGUUUUUUACUUCCACGAGUAAAUCCGGAGGAUGUAAAUGCCAUGGGUGUACGCUUAAGAGUAUAUUUAUGGGGCGGAAGAAUGCGUAGAGAAAGAUUGUUAGGCGAAGCGAGAGUCUCUUUCGAUCAAAUUAAUCUUCAGCUUGAAACUACACUUUGGUUAACGCUACAACCUCCACCUUUUUCUUCGGUACAAGAUUGGGGAACAACUAGUAGUUUGACUCGCAGCGAUUCGACAGGAUCACAACAAUCAGUUCAAUCAUAUGCAUCACCUACUGCACGUGUGCCAACUUAUGCAUCGCAUACUAUACCUCCUUAUGGCAGUAGUAUGAAGGGUGGAAGUGUAGCGGAGAUUUUAAUAGGUUUGGCUUAUAAUGGAACGACUGGACGUUUAUCGGUAGAGAUAAUCAAAGGAUCUCAUUUUCGUGGUGGUGGUGGGAAUGACACGAAACCACCUGAUACAUAUGUUAAGCUUGCUCUUGUAGAUAGUAAUGGUCAUGAAAUGGAACGAUCAAAAACUGGUUUGAAACGUGCUCAGCCGAAUCCUCUUUAUAAGGAAACAUUUAUAUUUCAAGUUGCACUAUUCCAACUUGGAGAUGUAACACUCUUUUUAUCGGUUUAUAAUCGACGAAGAGGUGGAAUGGGAAGAAAAGGAAGAGAAAUGAUUGGUUGGCUCAGUUUAGGAUUAAACAGUUCCGGUUCGGAGGAGCUUCAACAUUGGAAUGAUAUGCGUGCAGCAAGGCAACCGACGCAAGUUCAACGUUGGCACUCGUUGCUACGUCCUUGAAAUAUACGAUCACGAAAGAAUUUUUAUUACAAAACAACAUUCCAUGUUAACGAUAACGAUAUGGUUUGAUCAAUGGAACACAGUACAGAUCACGGUUACUCUUGUACACCGUGAUGACUGAUCGUGUAGCAAAGCAACUGAAUUUUUCAAGAUGAAUGCGGCUGCGCUCUAUUGGAUGCCGUUUGUACUGCCCGAACAGAACAAAGAAGUCAAUAUAUUGAUCUGUUGAUCCUGUGAAUCAGAGCUGUCAUAAUUUAGCAUGUGGUAACUCUGAAUUCAAAACUCUAUCGAUGUACCAAGUACAUUCCUUUUUGAUACGCUGGACGGAGUUGAGGGUGUUUCCAACAUACAUAUUACGUAUGUAUAUUACAUAUACAAACAGAGAAAGAACGCGACGCGUAUACUAUUCAUACACUUACACGUAUUUAUUUACAUAUACGCACAAUACAUUUCAAUUACACGCGCAUACAAAUAUGCAAACAUACAUUUUAUCGGUCCCAAAAGUCGAAUGUAUAUAUUACCAGAUGGACCGCAAAACUGACUUCGAUUCGAUAUGUGCCUGAGCCAACCUUAAUCGUUUAUUUUUUACUUUGUGCCUUUCACCCUUUUUAGGCCGCGUGUCCAUCGACGGAGAAUCGUCGUGGGAUACCCAGCCGAGUCGAGAGCCCAUUAUGAACCGCGAUCCUCUAGUCGUUCUCUUUUGGACGAGUUAAAUUAAACUAACGUAACUUUUUCUCUCUCGACUCCGCGAUAUUUUCAACGGAAUAUUCGAUUUACAGUGCUUAUUUGUUCGAUACAUUCGAUAUUACAAAUCUUGGCGUUUUGAUCAUAUGGUUCGAGAAUGGAUUGAUAUGCAAAAAGAAUUAAUACCUUGUUGCAUUUGUUUGAUUUUCGACUAUUACUCUUUGUGUGAAAUAGAAAACAAUUCCUAAAUAAAUAAAUAGAUUAUAUUAAUUUCUUAUAUA